AUGCCGAGCACAUCAGCCCCUUGGCAUGAGCCAGAGGCCACGGCUCAGACACACGCUUGCAUCAGCCGUACGAACAAGCUGGGAGAGGGAGGGCGGCUGAGGCCGGCUGCCACCGACAGCCAGAGGAGAGGGAACGCAGGUGAGACUUCCUGCAACAGCAGAGCCGGACGAGUUUUUCUUGUUCCUGCAUAUCUCAAGAAGGUGGGACAUAUUUGUGUAAACAGCAAAGACCAGCGCACGUACAUGCUGGAAUACGGACUGGCUUUUCUGUUCCUGGCGUUUUGGACUAAAACAGCACUGAAAGUGAAUGGCGCCGGCGGCGGGCCUACACACACUUCCUCGGUGAGGGCAGAGAGAGAAGUGGAGAUCCUGAACCACUGUUUUGACGACGUGGAGCGCUUCAUGGGCCGCCUGCAGCAGACAGCCGAGGCCCGGGGCAUUCUCAACCAGAAGAAGAGGAGCAGGAGCAGGAAGAGCACGAAAAAAGACCAAGAUGUAGAUUUGUUGACCAUGAAAGCUUGCCCGCCACCGGAGGAGGAAUUUGUGGACAUCUUUCAGAAAAUCAAGUACUCCCUCAGUCUUCUGGACCGGCUCAAGUCCUUCAUUUCUGAGCCUGACUCACCAGAGCUGCUUCAUCAUGUCUUUGUCCCUCUUGGACUGAUGGUGAAAACCACCGGGGGUCCGGAGUUGGGAGCCACGGUGGUCAGCCCGGGUCUGACCAGUGGCGCCGCGUCACUGCUCCACCAACAUUUGACUGAAGAAGAGAAGGAGCUGUGGACUUCACUGGGACCCAACUGGACUCUACAGCGUUCCCAGCUCGGUGUGUCUGUCCCUCCAUAUACACCAGUCUUCCUGGACGGGUGGCAGCCUCGUGCCUUUGACUCGGACGGCCAACCCUUAGAAGACCCCGUUGAGUCUCAGCAUAAACAGGAUGCCGCUAGUGAAGUGGCUCUCAUUUCCUGUCCCCGUCCUAGAGAUAGCAGCAGGCUGCCACCGGAGGGCGAGAGACUUUACUGCUGCAGUUACGACUUCGUGGCAAGAAACAGCAGUGAGCUUUCUGUGCUCCAAGGAGAAACCCUGGAGGUAAUCGAGUCAUUAAAGCGCUGGUGGAAGUGCCGGAACCGCUUCGAUCAGAUUGGCUUUGUUCCUUUUAAUAUCUUGGAGCCUCUUUCUGCUCUCGGCAACACAGGAAGACGCAGCCCCGUGAUGCGCAGAGAGUCAAAGAAGCUGCCCCUCUCCCCGCCGUCAAAUAAGUACUUCUCAUUUGCCCUGCCAAGCCCAACUGCCUCCAGUCCAACCGCCACAAGCCCAAAGGGGCCUCUGCCUUCUCCGACGCUGCAGGGGGAAGAAGGAGACAGAGUCCUGAUGGUAAACGAUGAGCUCCUCCAGCGACUGGCCAACGGGCGAUCAGGCUCAACCCGCCCACCGGUGAUCCCCCGCACGGUCGACACCUCUGCCCCUCUGGACUACCACUCCCCGCCCGCCGAGGUGGAGGCCUGGCUUAGGAGGAAGGGCUUCAGCCAGCAGACUGUUCAGAGUCUGGCUAUUCUCUCUGGUGCCCAGCUUUUUUCCCUGACUAAAGAGGAGCUGCGCACCGUCUCACCAGAGGAGGGCGCAAGAGUCUAUAGCCAGAUAAUGGUGCAGAAGGCCAAGCUUGAGGAUAUGCGCAAAGCAACAGAACUGGAGCUGGUGAUGGAGAAGCAAAAGCUGAAAGCCGACGCGUAG